AUGAUCAGAAGAAAAUAUCAGCGCAGAGUCCACAUUCUUAUCACCAAAACCGCUAGCAAAGAAUCCAACCCAAGAACAUCUUCAACCACUCGCAAAGUGCAUAGCAGUGUCAACACUCCCGGCGACUUAGAAAAGCAGCAUGAACAUAAGCAACGGCAGCUAAAAGCAGAUCUUUCUCUUCUCUCUUCAUCUGCUGUUGGGGAACCUUCAUCCGUCUCUUCAUCAACUCCCCCGCAUUCAAUCCGUCUGCAGAGAGGCAAGGGGGAAAAAAUGAUGACCGCUUCACAGAGCCGGAAUGCUCAGUAUCCAAAGAGUAUCCCAGACAUAUUCACACAGCUACCCCCAAUCCGCGAUUCGCUGGUCACAGAGACUUCCAGAGCGCAAGAUGCUACCGUUGACCAAUGUCUCCCGUUCCUAAUGGGGAUGGCCAGUUCCCAGAAUGAUUCGUUCAAUCAGUUCGGAGUGCCAAGGCUGGAUCGGGAUGCCCAUAUUUCCUUUUUAUAUGAUUCAUUGGAGUCUUAUCCAGAUCGAUUUGUUGGACUUGAUUCAAGUCGGCCUUGGAUGGUUUACUGGGCAUUGGCGGGAUUGCAUAUGUUGGGGGAAGAUGUCACUAAGUUCCGGCAGCGUGUCAUAGCUACUGCUGCUCCUAUGCAAAAUGCUUCGGGAGGGUUUGGAGGGGGCCACGGACAGUUGUCGCACUGUGCAUCUUCAUACGCGAUUAUUCUUUCUCUGGCCCUCGUCGGUGGAGAGGAUGCAUUCAAACUAGUCAAUCGGACAGCAAUGUGGCAAUGGCUCGGGAAAUUGAAGCAACCCGAUGGAGGCUUUCAGGUAACCCUUGGGGGUGAGGAGGAUGUACGAGGUGCAUAUUGCGCAAUGGUUAUGAUUGCUUUACUUGACCUUCCGCUCCAACUCCCUCUUGAUUCGCCUGCUAGGCAAGCUGGUUUUGACACUUUCCUAAGUGGGCUGCCGGAAUAUUUGUCGAGGUGCCAAACCUUCGAAGGAGGGAUUUCUGGAAGCCCGGGAACAGAAGCCCAUGGCGCAUACGCAUUUUGUGCUCUGGCAUGUUUAUGCAUCCUUGGUGCGCCCAAGGAGAUGAUGAACAAAUAUAUGGAUCUCCCACUAUUGAUAUCAUGGCUCUCAGCUAGACAGUGCGCCCCUGAAGGCGGGUUCGCUGGAAGGACCAACAAACUAGUUGAUGGUUGCUACAGUCACUGGGUCGGAGGCUGCUGGCCAUUGGUCCAUGCCGCUAUAAAUGGCAUCCAGUCUGGACCUACCCCGCUGCACUCGAGAUAUGGUGCUCUUUUUCAUCGCGAAGGGCUGACAAGAUAUAUCCUAAAUUGUUGUCAAGGACCUCAUGGAGGGCUACGAGAUAAACCUGGCAAACACCCGGAUUCUUACCACACCUGUUAUAUAUUAGCUGGCUUAAGCACUGUCCAGCAUGAUCACUUCAUUACGGGAGCUGCUUCGGUCGCCACCGCCAAUAAUCCCUUCCCCUCGGCAUUUUCCUGGUCUCAUGCACCUGUAACCCCUUCAGUGGAGCAAGAUCAAUGGGCCAUUGUUUUCGAUGAGGAGGAUCGUCUGGAAGUCGUCCAUCCCUUAUUCGUCAUCCCGCAUCGUGCUGCGAAGAAUAUGCGAGAAUGGUGUGAGAAGAACCCGGUCCAAAUUUGA